UGCAGAGAGAGCCACACAUGUAUUCUGUUUAACGGCAGCAAACUGUGUUUUCGCGCUUUAUAGUUGUUAAAAGAUCAGGAGAGGCGGCGAUGUCAUCUGUUAAACUCGAAUGUGUGGGAAACAGCUCGAUGUUUCGACGAAGAAAUUAAGAUGAACACUUAAAAAAAAGAACAACAUAUCACUCAGUAUCCCUAGAAAUGUGCACCAGAGAGGAUACCCAGCUGGUUUACCGGUUAGUUCGGGAUCUGGGUUAGUUAGGAGGCUGGGUUAGUUCGGGGACUGGGUGAGUUCAGGGACGGGGUUAUUUAGACUGUGUUAGUUCGUUAGACUAGCGAGCCUUUGGACCCGAAGUGUGAAGAGAACCUGGUAUGGUAUUGUUCGUACAGGCUGCGUUAGCAACCAAAUGAACAAAAUGUGCGGAGCAUCAAUAUACUGUCGGAGGAUUUCACGUUAGUCACCCGUCCAACAACCAUCACUGCAAAACUGUCCAAAGUAAGAAAAGCGUCGAAGGCUUCAUUUUCUCAAACUGACAAGCUUAGUAAGAGAAAGACGAGACCUCCGCCAAAGCAGGGUGAUUGGGCGGAGCUACCUGGGGCCCCGCCCCGCUCUGACACACCAUGAGCUGGAGCUUCCUCACACGGCUGCUGGAGGAGAUCCAUCAGCACUCCACCUUUGUGGGGAAGGUCUGGCUCACCGUGCUGGUGGUGUUCCGCAUCGUGCUGACGGCCGUGGGCGGUGAGUCUAUCUACUACGAUGAGCAGAGCAAGUUCGUGUGCAACUCGGUGCAGCCGGGCUGCGAGAACGUCUGCUACGAUGCCUUUGCGCCGCUCUCGCACGUGCGCUUCUGGGUCUUCCAGAUUAUUGCCGUAGCAACGCCUUCGCUUCUCUACCUCGGCUACGCCCUCAACAAGAUCUCCCGGUUAGAGGAAGGCGGGGGGGGCGGGGCCAGAGCUCGUCACGGGAGCCAUAAGCCGUACCUGAGCCUGGAGGAGGCCGAACAGGACCAGGAGGAAGACCCCAUGAUCUACGAGACUCCCGAGGAGCAGAGCAGCGGUGACGUCGUCCCCCGGGGGCUCGGAGGAGCGGGGGCAGUUAGCAAGGAGCGUCACGACGGCCGUCAGCGCAUCCAGCGGGAUGGGCUGAUGAGGGUGUACGUGCUGCAGCUGAUGGUCCGUUCCACCCUAGAGGUGGGUUUCCUGGUGGGCCAGUACGCCCUCUACGGAUUCGCCGUGCCCGCCCGUUACGUGUGCUCGGGCAUGCCGUGCCCACACCGCGUGGACUGCUUCAUCUCCAGGCCCACGGAGAAGACCAUUUUCCUGUUGGUCAUGUACGGGGUGACGGUGCUGUGUUUGACGCUCAACGUCUGUGAGCUGUUGCAUGUGGGUGUGGGCACCGCAUUGGACCUGCUGUGGACCCGCCGCGCCCGGGACCGCUGCCGGCCCACGCCGCUACCUGAUGCCGAGGUGGGCUCGGCGGAUGCCAGCUGCUACGGGACCUACCCGCGACCAUGGUGCAGGACGCCCACACUGGCACCACCGGGGUAUGACAUUGGCGUGAAGCCCGAGCUUGGGGGUGGAGAGGUGGCCCCUGAGCAGAAACACGCCAACGUUACCCAGGAGGCGGCGCUGCGGGUGCAGCAGUACAGUAGCACAGAGGAGAACUUCCGAGGGUCGACUCGCAGGGACAUGUGGCUGACCGGGCCGGAGGGGCGGGGCAAGUGUGGGCCGCAGGGGCGGAGCCAAGGUGGGGCGGAGCGGCCUUUCAGAGAGCAGCGGCCAGGCGGAGCAGGCCAAGGGAGCAGCAGCAGCAGGUCAGACAAUGGCAAACCGCAGGUUUGGAUCUGACGCCCGCGAUCGGACUAACCCUCACAACAGAAUGUUCAGAGGGGGUCAGCAAUAGCAGAGCCUGAAUACAUUGAAAUGAUUUGAUUGUAACUGUAAUUUUUCUUUUUUUUUUUUGGGAUAGAAUUGAAAACUUCACUCUUUGUAAUUUAAUUGUGUUUGCGAAAUGUCUCAUUUAAAAUGUUUAAUACUUUAAAAUGUGUAGUUGUAUACCCUCAGUUUAAUACCUUCAAUUUUUAUUGCAAACACCCUUCUUCUGAAUGGUGUUAUAUAUUGUUUGAUAGUUAUGUCUUUUUGAUGGUUAUAUAAGUGUGGUUGUAACUGAAACAGUGACAUGUACACACUAAAGCCGGUUCAAAUGUUGUGUGUGGAACAGUUACUCUACUGAAUUGUUAUGAUCCUCAUUUUUGCAUUCUGCUGUGUGUGCUUGUUUGUGUGUGUUUGUUUGUUUUCAAAUGUGUAGUUAUAAAAGACUUCACACAGCAGUGUGCUCUAAUUUUUUACUUUUUUAGGGGGAUGAAAGAAGUAUGGUGAAUGCAUGCGCUUUGUUCUUUUGUAAGGAAAAAGAUAAUAA